AUGAGAACAGCGACGUUUUCGCUGUUUUGGAUCUUUGCUGUGGUAGAGACUUUAGUGCUUCAGCCACGUCUGAACGUAACAUCUUCUCAGAUCGUGUCUUUGGACGGUGAGAAUUGGACUCAUCAGAGUCCUGAUCACCUCCAGCAACAUCCAACAGAAGAAGAAGAAGAAGAAGGAGAGCUAAAAUGGGAGAAAGAGCCAGGAACCAUGAUUACUAUAACAAUAACAGAGGAAGAAGAGGAAGAAGAUGAGGAACUAACUGAGGAAGAGAAUCGAGGUGUAGCUCCGUCUGUAACUCUAUCAGUAGACGCUUCACUUUCUCCUCUGUCUCCUUCUCAGUAUUUCUCAUCCACCAUCAUUCCGUCUUUGAUCACUACCUCCGUCACCACACAAGGUCCUGUAGACAUGACACAGAUUAAUCUUGAUGCUGAAGACCAAAAUACAUCUCUCUCGGUUACUCCCACAAGUCACUUUUCAGCUCUAAAGAACACAUCUACGCUAUCAUCCAAUCAGAACAGCACACAUGUCAAUUCCUCAUUGGAUCACAUUGAAAGUUCUAAAGAAACCGUAGAUGCCGCUCCAACAGCAAAGGCAGCCAGGGCUGGACCUACUGCUUUGAGCUUACCCAGCACCUUCAAGACCAAACCAAAGAACAAAGACAAGCAAAAAACCAAGAAAAACAAACUUCAGAAGAAAGAGAAGAAUGUGAAGGAGAAGAGAAACAAACCUAUGAAAAAUUCAAAGCAAGGGGAAAGGCUAAAACAGAAGAAAGAUCAGCUAACUCCUACCCCAUUCUUUCCAUAUUUUGAAGAUCACUACUGCCCACCAGACUGUUCUUGUUACGGGAGGGUGGUGCAAUGUUCAGACAAAGGGCUAGAAAGGUUUCCCUAUGGUAUUCCAUUCAAUUCCCGUUACAUCCUUCUUAUGAACAACCACAUCAAGAGCAUUCCGCUGGACCUGCUUUCAGAGUACCUUUCUAUGGAGUUCCUGGUGCUGAGCAACAAUCGUCUGGUAGACAGUUCUAUCAAAGGUGCCUUCGAAGGCAUUCAGGCACUAAAAAGGCUGUAUUUAGACCGGAACAUCCUCCAGAGUGUCCCUAAUGACCUUCCAGCCUCACUGGAAGAGCUCCGUCUGGAUGGGAACAAGGUGAAAGUGAUGUCUGAGGUGACCUGGUUUCGUUGCCCUGGCCUGCUCAUUCUCAGCUUGAACAACAAUAGUUUAGAAAGUAUCUCCUCUUCAUUCCCUGUUGGAGUUUUGUCUCCACUAAGCAGCCUUCGUACACUCAGCCUCUCCCACAACCUUCUUACCUCUGUCCCCUUGCAUCUCCCUCUUAGCCUUCAAGAGCUUUACCUCCGUGGUAACCUCAUCCAACGCUUCCAGCCAGGAGUUUUUAAUGGCAAGGCACAGCUUCAAGUGUUGGACCUUAGUGCCAACAGGCUGACUAACAAGGGUUUGGGAAAAGGUGCACUAACCAAUGCCAUUUACUUGGAGAGUCUCAACCUAGAAGGGAACUUCUUGAAGCAAGUCCCUCGUUACCUACCACACUCCCUAAAGACCCUUAACUUAGAGGGAAACUCAAUCUCGAGCAUCAGCAAGGCCAUGUUUCUCUCACUUCCACAUCUGGAGCAUCUCGGCCUAGCUCGCAACAAGAUCUCCAAGGUGGUGCCUGGAGCAUUUCGGGUGCUUCCUUUGUUGCACCAGCUGGACCUUAGCCACAAUAUGCUUCACCAGGUCCCACGUCAGCUCCCAGCUUGGCUCGUUUAUAUUGCGCUUAACCAUAACAAGAUUCAGACGAUUCCACGUGAUGCAUUCUGCUCGUUCAAAAAAUCAGAAGCAGCCAAAAGUCGACUGGUUAAGGUGCAGCUGGAGCACAACCUGGUGGACUUGGGAAACCUGGACAGCGUGGCUUUCAGCUGCCUAAGAGGAUUUCAGGUGGUGCAUUUUUACUGAUUGAAACAACGGUACAAACUGAUAGAAAGCAAAACAAAUAAAUAAAUAUACAGUAAUAGGCAGGUUGUACCAAAAAGUUAGCGAAUUCAGAAGUACAGGUGAUAACAGUCCUUGGGUACCAAAGUGCAACAAACCCUACGAGUGACACAAAGGGUAGCAGC